GAAACAAAUACACUUCUUGUUCGACAAGUCGCCUCAUUCUCAUAUUAAUCUCACAGUAACGUGAUUUGUUCCUUCUGCCCGGCGCCGGAGAAGAGAUCGGAAGCGAAAUUGAAGAAAUCGACCGCCGGAGAAAUCUACGACGGAUCUGUAGCAGAGACAUAAGAUGGAGUGCGUGUUUGGUCUCGUCGGGAACGGGUUCGCCAUCGUUGUGGCCGACACAUCUGCUGUUCACAGCAUCCUCGUCCACAAGAACAACGAGGACAAGAUCAUGAAACUCGACUCUCACAAGCUCGUAGCCGCCAGUGGGGAGCCCGGCGACCGGGUUCAGUUUACGGAGUAUAUUCAGAAGAAUGUGGCGUUAUACCAGUUCCGAAAUGGGAUCCCGUUGACUACUGCCGCCGCUGCGAAUUUCACUCGCGGAGAGCUCGCCACCGCUUUGAGGAAGAAUCCGUAUUUCGUGAACAUACUGAUGGCAGGGUACGACAAAGAGACAGGGCCGUCACUCUACUACAUCGACUACAUUGCAACCCUUCACAAGGUGGACAAGGGAGCGUUUGGGUACGGCUCCUAUUUCUCCCUCUCCACGAUGGACCGACACUUCAGGAGCGAUAUGACCUUGGAAGAAGCAAUAGAGCUGGUCGACAUGUGCAUUCUGGAGAUCAAGUCUAGGCUCGUUGUUGCACCCCCUAACUUUGUUAUCAAGAUAGUUGACGAGUCCGGAGCUCGCGAGUACGCCUGGCGCCAGUCAGUUAAGAACGUGACUACCUCCACUGUCUAAGUUGUUUGUCCUCGGGUUCAUACCCUUAUGUGUUACCCCGAAACUUUUCGAUUCUGUUCGGGAACUCUUAUGGAAAACGUUACAAGCUCUGGUCUUGAACUUUGAUAUUGC